GGGUCCAUUUUCUUAACAGCGGUAAUUGAAUCAGAAUCGUCAACUUCCAUACUAAUUUCAGAUCUGCUUGUAGUCUCAUUUCCAAUUAUUUCAGAUUGUUUUUCAAUAGACUUUGUAUUAGUUUUUUCACCUUUAAUUUUAAUUUCUUCAAUGCUGUUGUCUAAGUUUGAACCAUCAAUGUUAAUGAUUUCAACAUCAGUUUGUUUUUCAUUUUCAUUACCAUUUGAUGCAUUAUGGGAUACACCAUCUGAUUGGUUGUUGCAAUCCUUCAACUGUUGUUUAGGACUAGAAUUAGCAGCCAAUGUACAAUUUUUGGAGUUUCCGUUUUCUUUUGUAUCUUCAGUUUUAUUCACUUCCCCAGAAUUAUUUUUAUCAUCCCCUUUGGCUGACUGUCCAUUAUCAUUAAUACUAUUAGAGUCCAAUUUUAAUUCACUAACAUUGCACUCUUGUGGUGAAGUUUCAUCUGAUAAAACAUUUGUUUCAGUUUGUUCUGAUAAAUUUUUAGUGUCAUUUGGAAUGUUUUGGCCGUCACUACCAAUUUCCUUACUAUUUCUUUCUGUUUCUUUACAAUUGCUUUCUGUUUCUUUACAAUCACUUUCUGUUUCUUUACAAUUGUUGACAGUUUCUUUACAAAUGCUUUCUAUUUCUUUACAAUCACUUUCCUUUUCUUUACAAUCCCUCUCUGUUUCUUUACAAUCACUUUCCUUUUCUUUACAAUCACUAACUGUUUCUUUACAAUUACUUUCUGUUUCUUUACAAUUACUAACUGUUUCUUUACAAUUACUUUCUGUUUCUUUACAAUUACUAAUUGUAGCUCUACAGUCAUUAACUGUUUCUUUAGGAGAACAAAUCUCAUCUUUUUUAGAAACCUCAGUGAUGUCAUCAACAUCUUCAAUUUCCACCUCUGCGAUAACAACAUCUGUACUGUCCACAUCUAUUGCAUUAACAUCAUUGUCUAUCACUAUAAGGUCACACUCUGUUUGAGUUUCAUCCAGGGUAAUGUUAUUACAAGCUUGACGCUUCUGCUUAUUUUCUAUUUCAUUAAAUAUCCUGAAAAUAACAUAAUUCAAAACUGAAACAAACAAAACUCAAAUGUAGGGGCAUAACCAAAAUAUCAAUGGCUUUUUCAUUCCCCAAAGAAUUAGACGAUUGGAAAGCAUGUGAACAUAUACAGGAGAGGAGAUCACUGAUUUACCAUCCAUUAAUACAGGGAUCAUAUAGAUGGAGAUCAGAUCCAUACUCAAAGGCUAUCAUAUUAAUCUAUUCUUUUAUUUUUGUCUCUAAUAGUACACUACAAUAACUUUCAGUAUUUCUGUACAAUACCUGUUAACAGCUGACAUAGCAGCCUCCCUGGCUAAUGACUGAAGGUCUGCACCCACAAAUCCAGGUGUAUCACGAGCUAGUUGUUCAUUGUCAACAUCAUCAGCAAGUCUCAGGCCUCGGCACAACACCUCGAGUAUACU